AUGGCUUUGGAGGCUGUGAAUUGUGGUAGCGCCAUGACGUACGAGGAAGACGAGGUUGUUGAAGCAUGGGCGAAGGGGAAACGUUCUAAGUCCUCUAAACGACCAACAGAGGAAGAGUACAUGGCUCUUUGCCUCGUCAUGCUGGCUCACGAUCACAAUCACAGUCACAGUCACAAUCACAGGUGCACUCUCUGCAACAAAGCCUUCCGCUCUUACCAAGCACUCGGAGGGCACAAGGCCAGCCACCGCAAACCCUCUUCCGACAAAGCCACCACCGCCCGAAUAAGAAUGCACCAAUGCUCCAUCUGUCACAAGGCUUUCCCCACCGGUCAGGCUUUGGGUGGCCACAAACGCUGCCACUAUGAGACUCAGACCCACCUUCCUUUUGACUUGAAUUUGCCGCCACCCAAGAAGCCAAGUUUGCUUUUCGGUGCACCACAGUGAAUAUAUAUCAAUUCGUUAAUC